GCCUGCUCUGCUACUGCUACUGCCGCUGCUGCUGGAGGAGAUGUGGCCAGUGAGCUGCAGUCAGACGAGCGGCAGCAGCUGCAGCGCAGGGAUCUCUGUGUCUCUCUCCAGCCUGGGAGCGGGGAGCCAAUGAUCAGCUGACACUCUCCUACUGGGGGACUGUGCCACACUCUGUGCCCCCUGUAACCUGGAGAGAAUGCUCUGAGCACAGGGGGGCAUCUCUUCAACUUCUUGGGAGCUUGGAAGAUGAGCACAGAGAUCACCAAACCAACUCUAGCACCAAAGCCGCAAGGUCUUGACUCAUUCAGUUCAGUGCCUCUUCCUAAGUACUCCUCUCCAUUGAUCUCAAGAGCUGGUCUCAUUCGUCAAACAAACUCGAUGUCAAGGGGUCCCAAACCUCCUAUUGCUCCAAAGCCUGUGCUGUCACCUUCCUCAGAAAGACGAUCCACAGUGAAUGCUAAUAAUUCUUUUAAUAAAUGUGCUAAUGGGAAAGUGGUUUGUCCAGUGGAAAAUAUUUCAAAUGUUGAUCAAUACAGCCUGGAGUGCUCAGAGUCAGAGACACCAGACAUGACAUUUGAGGAUUAUAGCACCAUUCCUGACUCCCAGUUUACAGAUGAAGAAAACACUGAUAUUGAAUGUGAACACAGCUCUUCAUUUGAUACCUGGGAAGCCCCUCAAGAAGAAGUUGAUAUAAGUGAUAACAAAAGCUGCAGCCCCUCGGGAGUACAAGAAGAAGACAGUGGGAACCCAGACAGUGUUCCUUCAAGAGAGGUGGAAUCAGGAGAGUCCACGGAAGUAGAAGACAGUGACAACACAGACGCUUUAAGCUUGAGAUCUUCAUCCACUGCAGAGGCAGACAGCUUGGUGCCUCAUUCUGGGUGUGAGACUUUGUUGUUUAAAAAUGACCUUGGGGAUAAUGAGGAUUUUUUGCCAUUGGAUCACAAUGAGUGCAACACAGAUAACAAAGGAAAUGAUAAAAAUGUAAUGAUCAUGGGUUGUGAUGAUGUUAUUUUGACAGAGGGAUAUUUUCGGGAACUCUCAGUAGAUGAAACCUGUUGCGAAGGAGAUACAAACACCGAAGAAACUCGCGAGGAACAUAAUGAGUCUCCACUAUCAGCAGAUGUGUAUAUAGUAAAUGUUAAAUCACUGGAGAACUCUAUAGUUUGUGACAAUACCCAGUAUGGUGAGGCUGCAGAGACUGAGCAGGAUUUAGCUGCAGAACCUUUAGAUAAUUUACAGUUGACUGGGGACAUUGUUGAUACUGGGAAUGAUGAUGGACAAGAACAAGACUCAUUUAUUCAUGACAGUGAAUUAUCAGUGCCCAUUUUACCUUCCUACAAAGAUGAGGAAGGAGAACACGAAGCAGAUACAACACAUGAAAUUAAUGAGUUGGCAAUUAACAAUAUAAUUUUAGAUAAUCAAGAAGAAAAUAUUGGAAACAUUUCAACAUCAAGGGAACAAAUGGCACACGAGGACACCAUAGAUGAUAGUUGUCUAAUUGUGCCGUAUGAAAAUGAAACUUGUGAAGAACCUGAUGAGUCUUUGGAAGGAAUCGUGGUUUUAAGGAAUGGUCUAGACUCUGUUACAGAACCUCUAGUACAGACUGUGACUGAACAACUAGAUAGCACAGAAUGUUUUUCUAAGGACAAUCAUUGUAGCAGAAAGCUGGAAAUCACUGACGCACACAUCACAUUUACAGGUGCUGCAGAGGGAAGUCAUGGGUGUGAUGAAGAACCAUCUGCUGUUAGUCAUUCUGAGGCAACUGAAGGGAAUUUAGCUGACGCCACACAGUGCUCAUCUGAAGACCAGGAAAGGGAGGUCAGAGAGGUGGACUUAACAGAUGUGUUACCAGUGUCUGAGGUAAUAACUGAGCACGAGGAGGAGGAUGAAACCAAUCCUUAUGUUCUUGAGGAUAGCGCACAGUCAAGAAGCAGAAAGAUGCUCAGUGUUGAAGAGUCUGCACAGAACAGGAAGGAUGGUGAUACACAGAGACUUCAUUGCACAGAGGAGAGUGGCUGUGAAGGGGAAAAUCAUUUACUCAAUAUAGACAGGAAAAACAUUGUAACAAGAACAAGGUCCUAUUCUGGAAAAAUUCCAGGAAAUGUGCCUGAGACUGUGCCAGAAGAAACCGGGGCAGAGUUUGACGCCCAGUUGUCAAACACUGAGAUUAAAGCCAUAGGUGAAAAGAUGGAGACCAAGCCAAUUGAAGCAGGAAGAGCACUACCUAGGAAGCCAAGUCGUUUCAUUCCCUACCCUCGUUCCUACUCAAUGGAAGGCAGAGAGAACACAGUCUCACUUUAUAUAGAGUCUGAUAUGAUGGUUAAUUUUUCCCCUCCUUAUCUCAUUUGUUCAUCUGGGAGCUUUUCACAGAGAAAUCAUCACUCUUCUAGUGGGAUGUCCACCCCCAAUUCUGUUGUAGACAUUCCACCUCCAUUUGAGCUUGCAAGUAUAACCAAAAAGCCAAUCACAAAAAGCUCACCAUCACUUUUAAUUGAGAAUGAGUGUUCUGAGAAAUGCAAUAAGAAGAAGAAAUCAUCCUUUAAACGUUUCCUCACUUUGAAGUUCAAGAAAAAGACAGAGAACAAAGUUCAUGUAGAAGUCAAUGUAUCUUCAUCCAGAUCCUCUUCAGAGUCAAGUUACCAUGGACCUUCUAGACACAUGGACAUGGAUAGAAGAAGCUUAGGUAAUUCGCCACAACUGCAAGCCCGUUCUGGAAUACACUUCCGUCCAGAUUCCCCAUCUGCCAUGCUUUUCUAUAAGGACAUGAAGAGAAAAGGAACAUCCAAGGCCUUUAACAGAAGUGUGGCUAGGGUUGAGUCCUUCGAGGAUCGCUCAAGGCCACCAUUCAUGCCUCUGCCCUUAACCAAACCCAGGUCCAUCUCCUUUCCCAACGCAGACACCUCAGAUUAUGAAAAUAUCCCAGCUAUGACCUCAGACUAUGAAAAUAUUCACAUCCCGCCACGGAGACCUGCCAGAGCUGGAACAUUCACUGAAUUUUUUGAAGACCCGAGCAGGGCCUUGUCCUCAGCCAAUGAGAACGAUGGAUAUGUUGAUAUGAGCAGCUUUAACACCUUUGAAAUCAAGCAAGCAGCUGAUCAGGAAGCUGAAAGUGCGUACACCGAGCCAUACAAAGUCUGCCCCAUCCUUGGCAGCAUGGAGGAAGACAUUACUUCUGAUGAAGAACCAAAGAGCUCUGAAGAGGAGGGGAAUUGUCUAGGGGAGUCUGGAGUGGUUCAGAAGAAUGGACCAAUGAGAGCUCUGACCAUCGUAGAAAGUCUGUUAUCAUCUGAGAAAGAGUACGUGGACACAUUAAAGCGUCUGCACAUUGAGUUUCACACAGCUGUGCUCAAAGUACUGGGCAGUGAAGAAGAGGAUGGGGAAGAUGAACUCAAACUACGCCAUGGAUUGAGUGAACUUCUAAACAUUUACCUGAUUCACGAGGAAAUCCUGGCUGAGCUGGAACAAAGGAUAACACACUGGGAGGAAAGCCAGAAGAUAGCAGACAUAUUCCUGAGCCGCGAGUCGGACUUCCAGCACCACACAGCCUUCAUUGUGGCAUUUGAUAAGAUGACAGCUGCCCUGGAUGACUGCACCCUUAAAAUCUCUCACUUAGCAACAGUUGUGAGAGACUUUGAGAGGUAUCUGCAUCGUGGCCAAGCCAAUGUGAAGCAUGAACUGUUGAAAGUAGUGCAGAGAAUCUUCCAGUAUCAUAUGAUUCUUACAGACUACCUGAAUAACCUGUGCCCAGACUGGACAGAAUAUGAAGACACCCAUGCUGCCCUGUUGAUGGUGUCAGAAGUAGCUGACCGAGCCAAUGACAGCAUGCGACAAGGGGAAAACCUCCAGAAGCUAGUACAAAUAGAGCACAGUGUCAGGGGUCAGAGGAGCCUUCUCCAGCCUGGGCGGGAAUUCGUGAAAGAAGGAACUCUAAUGAAAGUUUCUGGAAGGAACAGACACCCCCGGCAUUUGUUCUUGAUGAACGAUGUUUUGCUCUAUACGUACCCACUGAAGGAUGGCAAAUACCGGCUUAAGAACACUCUCUCGAUUCCAGGAAUGAGGGUCAGUCGCCCCAUCGUGGAGAAUGCACAGAAUGUGCUUAAAGUUGAAUGUAUGGAACGUUGCCUUAUGUUGUCUGCAAGCUCGUGCACUGAGAGGGAUGAAUGGUAUAGCUGUAUCAGCAGAACUGUGCAGGAAUACUACAAAGCUCCCACUGUAUCUAUCUACAACAACCUCGAGAUCAGGGAAAGACUUGGAAUGGGCUUGGGCGAGAGGCCCCCGAGUGUGGCCCACAUGUCUCAUGCCGUGAUGUGUAUGAACUGUGGCAGCGACUUCACCCUAACGCUAAGGCGCCAUCACUGUCACGCUUGUGGCAAGAUCAUUUGUCGCAGUUGCUCAAGGAACAAAUACCCACUGAAGUACCUCAAAGAUCGGCCGUCCAAAGUGUGCAACGGCUGCUUCGCCGAGCUGCGGAAAAGAGAUCUAGCAGCGAUGAACAUGAACUCCUCGCCGCCGCUACCCAGAUCCACCAGCACAUUGUCGGCCAUGUUCAGCAGCAUUCACCCAUCUUACUUUAGAAGACACAAGAAAAUCCCUUCUGCUCUGAUGGAGGCUGCAGCAUCAGGAGAGAACGCCUCAAUUAGUGGCUAUCUGCAUCGGUGCAAGAAGGGCAAAAAAUACUGGAAGAAACGUUGGUUUGUUAUUAAGGGCAAAGUACUCUACACCUACACAGCAUGUGAGGACAAAAUUGCCACAGAAAGUUUACCUCUAUUAGGUUUCCACAUUGUGCCUGACAACUGGAAUGAGAACCCCAAACUGGGCACCGUUUUCCAGCUUUACCAUAAAAAAACCUUGUUUUAUAGCUUCAAAGCAGCAGAUACCAAUUCUGCAAUCAGGUGGGUUGAAGCCAUAAAAGCUGCAUCUGUAUUAUAGCAUUUACUAAUGAUGGACAGCAAGGAGUCCAGCAAACAAUACCAGGAGUUAUUUUCUAGCCCUGACAAUUGAGUCAAAACUCCCUUUUUUUGGCAAAUGGGCCUGUGCUGCUUGAGGAGUCUCCGCCAUUCUGCUCAUGCUGCACGCAGACUGGAACCUCUUGGCCUUUACCACUGUAUUUAGUAUUUUACCUUAUUUUUCAUACAAUGGCCAGCGAAGGACAUACGGCUUAAACAUUCCUAGCAAUAACUGCACCAAAUAAAAUGGCAUUGCCGCAUUUAUAAUGACCUUGUUUUGUGGGGGGGGGGGGGGGGGGGAGUGGAACUCAAAACAAAGGGUGCAAUUCUGUCCAUAGGAGAACCCAAGCCGACCCUGUUAAUGGUUAUGGGGUUUACAUUUUAUUUGAAUGAUCAAUUCUUCACUUAAAAACACAAAGCAAGUUUAUGAACUUACUCUCAUAUAGCGGUGCUUUCACACAUUUGAUGCUGUUUCUAUUUGGAAUUGGUGAUUUAACCUUUCUAGUGCUCUGAAUGCCGACCAGUCUACCCAGGUAAAUGUUUCAGUGUUCUGAUUGGCUACAGGUGCUAGCCCUGCCCACUUCAAAACUACCUGUACAAAGACAAAAAAUACAAUAUGCACUCAUAUCCAAGUGACAGGCAUUUAUAUCACGGAGCAACAUGGACCUGUGUUAGCAAGAAGACACAAUCAUGGCUCAGAUGACAUCUCCCUCCAGUCACGUGAAGUGUUGCACUGGAAACCAGUCAGCCAGAUUCAAACCACCAUUAAGAAACCUGGAGAGAGAGAAAAAAAAAGGCAAAAAAGUCAUUGCUAUGUGAAAGAGUAUUUUGUAACAUUGUCAAAUGUAUAUAUACUAUACAGUUCUCAAUGCCUUGACAGUACCUAAUAUAUUUCAAAUUGCAUAUGCUGUUUCUGAUUGGUUAAGAACAAUUGUUAUGUGCACUGGCGCUUGCCCUCCUGCUCCUGGUCAGGCAAAGUGAUAUUUGGGCCCUGCUGGUGAUUUACAAAGCUCCUGCUGUGCUGGUCAUGGGGAGGAGGGCCCAGAUCAUUUAGUUAUAAAGGGCCCCAAGAUUUCUGAUGGCAGCCCUGCUAUAAUAACAUGGCAUGUAACUGAAAGACACAGCAUUGAGUGGUUCUGAGGAACAGGAAAUGAAUAGUGCAAAAGAUCAUUGUUCUUCUGAAAGGAAACCCGCUAAGAAACAGCAAAUGCAUUAUAUUGUUUACAAAUAACUGACAGUAUUUUGAGCCUUAACUGAACUAAAACGAAGAUUGUUUCUUUCCAACAUGUUAUGAGGACACAAGGUUCACCUAUUUUAAGGUCAACAUGGAUCUGUAAUAAUUAUGUGUAUAAAUAAAUAUGUUUAACAGUG